AUGGAAGGUCUGUCUCUGACAGCAGAGCCGAAGCCUAAAAAGGCACCCAGAAGGCGCCAAAGGAAGUCCAACAAGGAAAGCGAAGAGAAGCAAGGUAGAAGAGGCAAGCAGGCAAAAUCAUCUAACCCAGAGACACCUGAACAAGACUUUAGAUACUUGGAGAUCGUGAAACUCACGAAAAGAUAUAUUCCAAUUACGAUAAAUGGUCUUGCUGUGGACAAGAUUGUUCUGGUUCAAACAGAGAACCAGGAGAAUGUGCCCAAGAAGGCUAAGGCAGAGAUCGUGAACAGCCAUGUUCUUCGUCUAAUAAAGAGAGAUGCCCUGCAGCCUUUAUACUUGAGUUUUAUGAUUCCACCUGCCGAUCCUGAUUUCCCAUUUGAGCUUGAUACGCUUAAAUUCAAUUUGACAGUGCCUCCAAACUAUCCCAAGGAUACGAAGGAGCUUCCGUCCAUCAUUGUCCUUAACAGCGAUAUCCCUCGAGGUUUCAGUGUCAACAUUGAAAGAGGUUUUAAGGAGAUUGCUACCGUUGCUAGGCUGAAAAAGAAUACUGGUUCUGACAUCAAGCUAGUCGAUGGAAGAGGUCUUUUAUCGCAAGUCCAAACGCUCAAUAAGUACCUAGAAGACUUCUUGAAGCAAGAGAAGAGACAGACUAUGAAGUUUGUAAGCUUCAAACCUACAGAAGUUACUUCAUCAAACCAGAUAUCCAAGGAGACCACUCCUGUUGUGGUUCCUCCCACUCCUCCUCCAGAACCUCCAGCACCACAUGUAAGCAGCGAGACUGCUCUGCUCAGGAAUCAAUACAUUGAUGAAAUGUGCACCAAGCUAGUUCGUCAUGUUAAGUUGUUCCACAAGUCAGCCAAGGAAAUUCGUUACAAGAUCAUUGUGCCAGUUGCUGGUAAGAAGGUGCCCUGGCUUUGGAACUUUCAAAACAGCACAGCGGAUAUCUUCCUUUCUAUACCCAUUGAGUACCCAGAUGUCAGUCCUAGCUUGUACUUCCCCACCAAUUUCAGUACGAACUUGCUCGUGGCGAAGAAAGUGGGACUCGACAAGACAGACAAAUCGUUGGUGGAAAUCACCCAAGAAGCCAAGGGGUUCGAAAAGAACUUCAAGGUUAAUGCCGAAGCAUGGAUCAAGGAGAACGAAAACAAAUCUCUAGUUGAUAUUGCCAAUUUUGUGAGCAACAACUUGGAAACUUUCGGUCUUCCUCCUUCAGAAUACGCCCGCAUCGUCGAGUUGAUGUCGGCGGUCAAGGACGAAUCAAAGAUCAGCUCUUAA